CGCCAAAACACGUCAGUCGUUCAGAAAAGUACAAUCCACUAGUUUCGUUGUUCGCAAAAUCAUCACAAGAAAUAGCCGAACUUCUGCAAAGUUCACUUUAUCAAGCCUUUUGUGAUAAAAUAGAUAAGGGUGAAGGGUGAAUAUGAAAGUGAAGUGUUAAGGAAAAUAAAAUCAAAUCUUAAAGCACUUGGAUUAAACUAGUGAGAACGGAUUUCUCCGCCCGCAGAAGUAUGCUGCCAAACAUCUACGAAAUGUCGCAGCUAAGCGACAGUCGAAAAUUGACCUCGGUGCUGCUGUUUCUAUUAUUAGAACUCUUUUUUAAGCGUGCGGAAUCAGCUGCUUCACAGGCGGAAAUUGAAGGCCAUCUAGAAAUGGGAAGAGAUUUGUUGGCCAGAGGACAGUUAUCAGACGCACUCACACAUUAUCAUGCCGCUGUUGAGGGCGACCCAACCAACUAUCUUACGUACUUUAAACGAGGCACGGUUUACCUUGCUCUGGGCAAAGCCAAAUUCGCCAUCAACGACUUCUCUCGAGUGCUGGAGCUGAAACCGGACUUUGUAGCGGCUCGUGCCCAGCGUGGCCAGGUAUAUCUCAAAAUGGGCGACUUCGAUAACGCCGAAAUCGAUCUGAUGAAUGUCCUCCGGGCAGAUCCUUACAACAACGAAGUUAACUUCCAAUUUACCAGAAUCGAUCCAGCUCGGGAUCAGUGGGUGCUUUGUUUGGACGUAAUUGCGCGAGGUGAUUACACUACUGCUAUAUCUCUGCUAACGCAGCUACUGGAGAUUUGUCCGUGGUCUGUAGAAAUUCGGGAGGCUCGUGCUCAAUCCUACAUUCGUGUUGGCGAUAGACUGGCUGCUGUUAGCGACUUCCGUUCUGUUAACCGGUUAUCGCAAGAUAGUACCGAUGGAUAUUAUACUUUGUCCAAGAUUCUCUACGACCUGGGAGAUUCUGGAUCUGCUCUCAAGGAAAUUCGAGAGUGCUUAAAACUAGAUCCAGAGCAUAAAGACUGUUUUCCAUUGUACAAAAAAAUCAAAAAGGUAGACAAAGUUUACACGGACGCCCAAAAAGCAUUAGAAAAUCAACGGUUUGCAGAAUGUACUGAACAUGCCGAAAAAAUUAUCAAACUUGAACCUAACGUUCCGAUGAUUGUUUAUAACGGUAAGCAACUUCUCUGUACUUGUCUCGUCAAAGACGAGCAGUUUACAUCGGCUGUCGGCAGAUGUCGAGAAGCUUUGGAUAUCUAUCCGGACCCAGAGGUGAUGUGUGACCGUGCCGAGGCUCUUAUCGGUUCGGAAAUGUACGACGAUGCCAUUAGUCAGUACCGCGAAGCUUUGGAAAUAAACGAUGGUUUCCAGCGAGCAAAGGAAGGCAUCGAACACGCCCAGAAGCUACAGAAGCAAUCAGAACGAAGAGAUUACUACAAAAUUUUGAACGUGAAGCGAACCGCCACCAAGCAGGAAAUUACCAAAGCCUACCGGAGGGCUGCCCAAAAGUGGCAUCCGGACAACUUCCAAGGCGACGAAAAGAAGGUCGCCGAGAAAAAGUUCAUCGACAUUGCGGCCGCGAAAGAAGUUCUCACCGAUCCAGAGAAGAGGCGACAAUUCGACGCCGGUGAGGAUCCUCUGGAUCCGGAAGGCAAUCGUAACGGAUUCGGAGGGGGCAAUCCGUUCCAUCACUUCCAGCAUGGGUCACCGUUCCAGUUUAAGUUCCACUUCUCGUAGAGCACAUCACGGGGGUAAUAUCCGAUACCCCAACUCAGGAUGGGUGAGUUCUCUAGUUAUCCUUUUACAUUUCCUUAACUGUCCACCUGUUGAUGCCGUAUAGUGCCAGCUUUAAUUUAUUACCCUAUUUUCGUAGAAUGGUAACAAAAAGUUAUUGUUUUUCAUCGCUAGAAAAAGAAAUUAUACUGAGCAAAGUCGAAUUUAGUUUUUUUUUGUCUUUUGUCGUAUUUAGAAUAUUUGAAUUCAAUCCAGAAAUCCAUGAUGCGAUAAAACGUGAAAAGAUAUCGAGGAAACAAAUCUCAUUUGGAGUGUCCAUCGAGUCAAAAUUGCAUGUUUCCUUAUUUUUUCACUUUUUUACCAACUGAUUUUAAGAACUGAUUAAUAAGGUAAAAUAAAACUCUAGUGUAAAUAAACGCUUAAUCACAGACUAGAAAGUAGUACAUAAAUUAA